CCAGCGAAAAGAAAAGAAAAGAAAAGGAUAGCGAGCGGAAAAGCCGCACGGAGGAAACCCUACCCACCCAUCGGUUGAUUGAGCGGCGGCGCGGCGCGGCGGAGAUGGAGAGCCAGACGAUGAGCAGUGCAUUCGCAGAGUUCAAGAUCUACACCAGCGACGCCGAGGUCGGGAGCAGUCGAAUUCGUGGGGCUUCGACCGGGAAGGAGAUCGCCAGCGGCAAUCUCGGGGCACAGCGGAAGAUUCGAGCUCUUCGCGAUGCCAACCGGAUCGAUGCAAGGACUAUGAGGGGGAGGCACGAUGGGAAGAUUUGGAAGAAUCCUCCACCUCCUCCUCGAGGUGAGGAGGAGGAGGAGGAGGAGGAGGAGGACGCGAUCCCCAUGUACCGUAAAGCCUGGGAGACCUGCUUCGGCGGCGUUUUCGGUUCCUUCGAAGACGAAACCACUCUUGCUCCGAUGCGCUAUACAUCUGGACCUAUCCCAAAAAAUGCCGUUCCAGGUAGUACCUUGCAGGUCUUCUCAGUCAGAAUCGCUAACCUAAAAGGCGGUCUCCGUUGGCCGCUUCAUGUGUAUGGUUUCCUUGCCACCAGAGACUCGGCAGAUCAUAAUCGCAACUUUCUCUUCAGACGCACAAGGGAUAACUGCCAAAUCCUUACCGAAGAGGAUCCAGUCUUGCUGUUAACAGGGCCGUCUCGGGCAAUUGUGUUCGUCGAUCUGAUCACGUUUGAAGCUCAGCUAAAAGUAAAGGGCACAAAAACAGAAUCUGAAGAUGAAGUGCUCGCUUCCAAAGUCUUCCAUUUCCACCAAGGGUCACGACGUGAAGACGGUAUUCGCACUUGUAUCCCUUACAAGCGCUGCAUGCUAGAGUUUGCGUUUGCACCCCUCCUCCGUUCAGUUGAGGCUACCAUCAGCGUACAGGUUGUUGAUGGGUCAUGGCCGGAUGAUCACCAGGGACGGGUUUUCUCCUGCACCGCUGGUGUAAAAAACACGAAGAUGAUGUUGCUUGACUGUCCAGAUGGAAACAUGCCUAUUAGCUCAGAUGGCUUGUUCGAGCUGUCGAGGCGUGUUGUUUCUGUGGAGUUUAGCACAAGGAAUAAGCUGACGGUCUAUGUGCAGGCCUAUCGCGCAAUAGGAAUUCAAAGGCUGGAAACUGAUCAAAGGAACUCAUCCGCCGCUGCCACCUCCAGGUUAAAAAGCAGGCCUGCUCGCGACACCACCAUGCCAUGCGAUCUCCACGCUGGUAUUUGGCCACUCUCUGGCAGAGCUCCAGCUGGAAAUCCCCUCUACGUUCUAUUCGUGCUCCCGAUUCCAUUCGAUUAUGUCCGCUCCUACGUCUUGCUCUCCUGA